AUUUGUUCUACCAUUAAAAUGUCUCUCUUUCGUGAGCAAUACAUUAAAUCCAUUUACUAAUUUUUCGCAUCUUUUAUUUUGUAAAAAAUAAACUGAACUUCCUGUUUGUGUUUGGAAGGCUAACGCUGGCUUCACGUCGCCACUGGACGCGGAUCCAGAUAGAUAGCUCCUGCUGUUCAUCUUCAUAUUGGCCACAAAUCGCACUUAUGAGCUUGACUGAAAAUCAGAGAAGAUAAAUAGACUAGUUUCUGCUGAACGGUUUGCUUUAAAGGUCUUUUUACAGCACUGUUAGGUCUGCAUUCUUAUAAAACAGUGGUGAGGUUGCUAACAGCUGAUCGCUAGCUAGAGCUGGGGAUCAUAACAACUUCAAACAGUAUCAUCAUCUCUCCACAUGCUGCUGAUGAAUGAACAGCUCAGCUCUUCUCCAUUUGAGCCAUGAUACCUCUCAAUAACUGCUGUUAAGAUUUUAACAUAGCUCCUGCUAGUCUGCUGAGUGAGUGAUGAUAAUGUGUUGAUGCCUCAAACAAGAGGAUCAGGACAGAGGGAGCGAGUUUAUUACCUUCCCUUGGUGGAUAUCUCACUGUCCUGGACAUGAUGGGCCCUCGGAGGAAGGUCACCAGGACUCAUAGUUUGGGGGGAGGAAUGUUUAGCUCUCUCGGGCAUGAGGAACCCAAAGACUACAUCAACGAGCUCUCACAUGAGGUGCUCUGCCACAUAUUCCGAUACUUACCCAUGCAGGACAUAAUGUGUAUGGAGUGUCUUUCACGUAAACUGCGGGAGGCGGUGACCCUGUACUUGCGGGUGGUGAAGGUGGUGGACCUUUGUGCCAGCAGGUGGUGGGAGUACAUGCCCUCAGGUUUCACAGACUCCAGUUUCCUCAUGCUGAUGAAGAAGAUGCCUGAUUUGGAGCAACUGUAUGGUCUUCAUCCACGUUACCUAGAGAGAAGGAGGGUCAGAGGUUAUGAGGCUUUCAGUAUUCCUGGUGUUUUGGAGGCUCUACAGGCCUGUCCCAACCUUAUAGGAGUUGAGACGUCUCAUUUGGAGCUGGUGGAGGCAGUAUGGAACUACAUGCCUCAGGUUCACAUUCUAGGGAAGUUCAGGAACCGAAACGGGGCAUUUCCUAUUCCCUCAGAGAACAAACUUACCAUUCCAGCUGCAGCUAAAAUCCAGACCCUCCAUCUUGUUGGUGUCAAUGUGCCAGAGAUCCCCUGUCUGUCCAUGCUCAGACAUCUGUACUUGAAGUGGGUGCGCCUCACUAAGCCUCAGCCCUUCAAAGACUUUCUCUGUGUGAACCUGCGUACGUUUGUCAUGAGGAACUGUGCCGGUCCUACUAAUUCGCUUAAGUAUGUGCCUCUUGUCACUGGUCUGGCUUCCGCCCGCAACUUAGAGCAGCUGGAGCUGGUGAGGGUGCCCUUCUUAGGGGGACUGAUUCAGCAUGUAGUGGAGGAUAGCUGGAGAUCAGGAGGGUUUCGUAAUUUGCACACAAUUGUUUUUGGUGCCUGUAAAAAUGCACUUGAAGUGGAUCUGGGCUACCUCAUCAUUACUGCUGCUCGCAGGUUGCAUGAAGUUCGAAUCCAGCCUUCUUUAACCAAAGAUGGAGUAUUCUCCGCACUGAAGAUGGCAGAACUGGAGUUCCCCCAGUUUGAGACUUUGCACCUCGGAUAUGUCGAUGAAUUUCUGUUGCAAUGUAACAUGAGCCAUGCUGAGUUAGUGAAAUACGGUCUUGCUGAUGUGAUCGAAAAUCCAGGAAUCAUCACAGACAUUGGAAUGAAGGCUGUUAAUGAGGUGUUCACCUCCAUCAAGUAUUUGGUCAUUUAUAACUGUCCACAUCUUCACAACCCACACAACUGGAUCACAGACCACUCACGCUGGAGUCGGUUGGUGGACCUCACUCUGGUGCGCUGUCAUGCUAUCAAGCUGGAGUCGUUCAGUCAGUUCAUUGAGAUGCUUCCCAGCCUGGAAUUCAUCUCUCUGGAUCAGAUGUUUCGUGAACCUCCCAAGGGCUGUGCCCGUGUGGGACUCAGUGCGGGCACGGGUAUCGGUGUAUCAUCUGCCCUGGUCAGCAAUCAGAAUUCCAACAAUGAUAAUGACAACAAUAACAACAACAAUCACCAGAAUAAUAAUGAUGCAAACAUUCCACCAAAUAACAACAACAACCAGGUUGAUGAUGUGCCUCAGCAACACCACCGUGGCCCAGAGGAGAUUCCCGAUGUGGAGGGCAUGGUGGCAGACAACAUGGAGCCUGAGCCGGUUCUUGUGGCUGUCAACCCAGAGGAAGAAACCCAGGGUUCCAGCCAGACUGCUAAUCCUUCACUUGAACAGGAUGAGGAACAAGCAGGCCCUAGUGGAGUUCAAACUGCGGUGAAGAAGCAGUCGGUGGUGGUGUCAGACUCGGACAGUGAGGACGAGUACAGUCCAAUCAGGACACCGGCUGCCGCCCGCUCUCAAGGCCAGUACCCUGAGACAGAAGCCCAGGGGAAGAGCAGCACAGCUAUGACUCCAAAUGGUAAAGGGAAAACUCCACUCCGUAGACGUGGACCGCAGCCUCAGGAGCUGAGCUGUGAGAAAGGCUGCCAGGUAACAAGCGAGCAAAUCAAGGCUGACAUGAAGGCGGCCACUGAGACGGCUGAGCGUGGGGCCAGAGACAGAAACAGUGCAUCUGGGCCUGCUUCAGGCUACACUGCCGGCAGCUGUGUUUGCUCCAUCCGCUGGAGGGAGGACUCGGCCAAUCAGGACGACCAGGGUGGGGCGGGUAGAGGGGAAGAUGACAUGGUGAGGACUCGCUGCACGUGCAGCCGGUCUCGUCCCGGCUCUGAAAACAGGACUCGUAGUGGCCACAGCCUGCCAGCGGGAGACGAGAGUCACAGACCAGAAUGUCACAGCCCAGAGCAAAGUGCAGGGGGUGAUGAGAUGGAGGAAAGGCACUCCAGCACUCCACCCAGGACACAGAGCUCAUCUGAGGGGCAUAGUGAGAGGACUGCAGUCCACCAGCAAGGCUCGUCACACAGAAGCCCUACGGACGAGUUCCCCCGGAGACCCAUCACACGUGCCCGCAGCAGACUUUCCUCUGUGCCCCUGGUUUGUGAGUCAGAACUGCCCAAAGCAAAGCCUCGGGCUGCGGUGAAGAGAAAACGUAUGGCAGACAAGUCCACCAGCACCAGUGACCCUGUAACUGAAGACGACCAUGUGCAGGUGCUCAGCCUUAAAUCCAAAAACCUGGUGGGAAUCACACUUACAAACUGUGGCAUCACAGACCUGGUCCUUAAGGAGUGCCCCAAAAUGAUGUUUGUCCACGCAACACGCUGUAGGGUGCUAAAACACUUGUUGGUGGAAAGUGCCCCCAUAGUAAACCGCUUUGACUAUGCACAAUGUAAGAAGUUGAACAUGGAGCAGGUGCUCGACCAGAUCUUACGGAUGCCCGCGGAGAGAAACCGUAUCAUCUACAUGAGGCCUAUGCAGCAGAUUGAUUCUCUGGCUCUGGAGAAAAAACUCUUCAGCGGUCCAUACCCAUACCAUAUCGCUAUUAUCCAUGAGUUCAGCAACCCACCCAAUGUUAGGAACAAGGUGCGCGUACGUAGCUGGAUGGACACCAUUGCCAACAUUAGCCAAGAACUCAUCAAGUAUGAAUUCUUUCCGGAGGCCACACGGACGGAAGAGGAUGUAAAGAAGUAUCCCAGCUAUCCCUGGGGCCGAGACAUCUACACAUUAGAGGGAGUAGUAGAUGGGGCGCCAUACUCAAUGAUCACAGAUUUCCCGUGGCUUCGCUCUUUACGCACAGCAGAGCCCAACAGUUAUGCUCGAUACGACUUUGAGGAUGAUGAAAGCACUACUAUCUAUGCGCCACGCCGCAAGGGACAGCUCUCGGCUGACAUCUGCAUGGAGACGAUCGGAGAGGAGAUCUCAGAGCGACGGCAGACACGUAGAGGUGUUUUCCAGCGUGUGGUAGUCGUCUUCAUCCACUACUGUGAUGUUCGGGGGGAACCGGUGGAAGACGACUACAUCUAGAAUGAUCACUGUUUGGCUGGAGGGAGAUGCUGGAGAGAGGUGUGGAGAGCUCUUCAGCCCUCUGCCGGGCUCUGACCACCUCUGUUUGAGAACAGAGAGAGGCAUCGAAGAUGCAGCCUCAGUGUGGAAUACCAAGGCAUUUCCAGUUGCCUUUAUCUCUGAGUUGACUUGAAACAAAGAGUAAUCGCUUUCAAUCGGCCAUUCUUUUUUUUGGGAGUUCAUUCUUUACAUGAAGGAUGAAUGGCAAGCCUUCCAUGGAGCGGCAGCACACUUACAGUAAAGAGGGGUGAUAGUGUCAGCAGAUGCUUUGUUGCUACGGUUGUGCACAUUGGAAAAGACAUGCAGAGUCAUGAAAGGUGGCAUAUGAAAUUGUUUGUUUGGUUUUUGGUGGAGACAGAAAGAUAGUCCUUGGUAGAAUUUUUAUUUUUUAUUUUUUUUUCCAAAGCCAGACAGGGUGUUUGGCCACUUGGCAUGAUUUUCCAGUGUAUCUGUACUGUUACAGGCAAUAACAUCGUUCUAGAGUUGUUUUUUGCACCUCAUACCUUUUCAGAGACCUUUUAUUUUAUUUUAUUUUAUUUUUUAUAAUUUCAUAUAUUAUUUUUGUUUUCCCUCUUCCCUUUCCCCUAGAGGUUGGCUCGAGUGUUUUUCACUAUUAACGGUGCUGGUGUCAGUUUAACCCAGAACCUGGUGAAGAGAUUAAAUGUUUCUUGGCCCAUGAGAGGAACGUGGCAGAAUUGGUCAGUAGAUGUACCUCGUUUUACUCCCUGUGGUCUUCAUAGAGCUAAAAAAUUGUGUAAACAGAAAAGUUUAGAGUAUUUUAAGCAGACAUGAUUUGUUUUGUCUUUUUUCCCUUUAGUUGGACCCACAUUUUUAUGGAACUCCAGUAAAAUCGUUUUAAAUCUGAAGCACAGUGGAUAAAGUUGCCAGGCAUAUCCCUUAUUCAUCUUCAGAUGACUUGACGCACAUUCUUUUCUCACAAACUCGCUCUUUUCAUAUGGUGAAGCAUCUUCAAAAAUGGCCCUGUGCCAUUAACCUGCAUUAUAACCUACAGCAGAGAUAACAGAGUCAGCAUUAUGUGUUUCUGGAUUGCUUCUUUCCUCUUUCUUGCCUCGUCCUUGGCACAGAUUUUAACAUUCAAAAUCGACAAAUGGAAAUAAAAUAAAAUGCACAAUUUGUCUUAACUGUCUGCUUGGUUCAGGAUAGAUUUCACCAACUUGUGUUUGUAAAGAGCAGUUAGGGAAACUAGUCAAAUUAGGAGAGAGUUGCAAGUCCAGGAGCUAUUGAUGCAUGAAAACCCCCAUCUCGCUGCUCUACUUUCUGCUUUUCUGGGUGACCCACUCUGCCAUGUUUCAAAAGCCAAGAAACUCCAUUAAUUGAAUCUGCACCCGUGCUGAGCACUGCAGAAACUUGUGUACUAAGUUCAUGUACAGAUAUUCUGUAUUUAAAUGAUCUUCCAAGAUUUGUUUUAUAUGUUUAUAUAAAAGAAUAAAUAUUUCACUAAGA